AUGUCGCAGAGCUUUCCUCCCAUCCAGCCCGGCGGCUCUCUUAUGGUCGCAUGGCAAGUCAGGGAUAAACACGUCCUGGUUGUUGGCGGUGGCGAGGUUGCAGCAGGCAGAAUCCUGCAUGCCUUGAACGCCGACGCCAAAGUCACAGUGGUAUGCCCGUCCGCCUGCCUGAACCCAGAAGUCAAGUACCGCAUCUCAGAGAACCACGUGGCCUAUAUUGACCGGAAAUUUGAACCCGUCGAUCUCGACGACGAUGUGGCAAUGGUGUUUGUGGCGAUUGACGACCCGGAGGCCUCGUCGCAGAUAUGGAAGCUAUGUAGGGAGCGCCGGAUUCCCGCAAACAUUGCCGACGUGCCUUCGGAAUGUGAUUUUUAUUUCGGCAGUGUGCACCGUGAUGGGCCGCUGCAGGUGAUGGUGAGCACCAAUGGGAAUGGCCCAAAGCUAGCGAGUAUCGUCAGGAAGGAGAUUGCAGCGGCAUUACCGGCGAAUACUGGUGCAGCGAUCCAGAAUGUUGGUAUUCUAAGAAGGAAGUUGAGGGAAACCGCACCAGGCCCAAAGGAUGGGCCAAAGAGGAUGAAGUGGAUUUCUCGGUUAUGCGAAUCUUGGAGUUCGGAAGAACUCGUUGAGAUGGACGAGAAGGAUAUGGAAACUUUGCUUGGAUUCUAUACCCAAGAUAUAAUUCCCGCUUUUGAACAGGUCCAACUCAAAGAAGGUAAUAUUGCGCCUUUUGAUGGAAGUAUGGGCUGGAGCUGUUGA